AUGGGCGGAGUCCAAGCGUUUUGCCGCGAAACUGAGCGUGGCAGGCAUUUUGUGCACAGGGACGCUUUGAAUACAGCAGGAGGGCGAGAACGGAUUCUGUCUUUACGACAAUAAUAGCAUAAACGACUUUCUUUCUUUUUUAUUUCGUCUCUCGCCUAAAGAAAACAACAUGUCUGGGUUUGACGACCCCGGGGUUUACUUCAGUGACAGCUUCGGCGGAGGAGAAGGUGUCGGAGAUGAAGGAGCUGUGAAGCGCAGCCAGAUUAAAAAGCGCUUUCGUGAGUUCUUGAGGCAGUUCCGAGUCGGAACGGACCGCACUGGGUUCACCUACAAGUACAGAGAUGAGCUCAAGAGGCGCUACACGCUGGGAGAGUACUGGGUGGAGGUGGAGAUGGAGGAUUUGGCCAGUUUUGAUGAGGAUCUGUCUGACUGCCUGUAUAAGCUGCCCACGGAGAACCUUCCUCUGCUGGAGGAGGCAGCGCAGGAAGUCGCUGAUGAGGUCACACGUCCUCGGCCAGUAGGGGAAGAGACUGUACAGGACAUUCAGGUGAUGCUGAAGAGUGAUGCCCACCCUGCCUCUAUUCGCAAUCUGAAGUCAGAGCAGGUAUCUCGUCUGGUGAAGGUCCCUGGCAUCAUCAUCUCGUCCACAGCAGUGAGGGCCAAAGCCACCAGAGUGUGUCUGCAGUGUAGAGGCUGUCGUGCAGUCAUUAGUAACAUCCCUCUGCCCCCUGGGCUGCAGGGCUAUGCUCUGCCCCGCAAAUGCAACACUGAGCAAGCAGGUCGUGUGAAGUGUCCUGUGGAUCCCUACUUCAUUAUCCCAGACCGGUGUGUUUGCGUGGACUUCCAGACCCUCCGUCUGCAGGAGUCCCCUGAUGCUGUGCCUCAUGGAGAGAUGCCCCGCCACAUGCAGCUUUAUUGCGACAGGUACCUGUGUGACCGUGUAGUGCCAGGCAACAGAGUGACAAUUAUGGGUAUCUACUCCAUAAAGAAAAUGGCCCAGGCCAAGACUAAGGGUCGUGAUAAAGGGGCUGGUGUGGGCAUCCGCUCUGCUUACCUUCGUGUAGUUGGUAUUGAAGUGGACACGGAAGGAGCAGGUCGAGGUGCCACCGGUUCAGUGUCCCCUCAGGAGGAGGAGGAGUUGAGGGCUCUGGCUGCUUCCCCCUCCAUCUGUGAAUCCAUUGCUCGCUCUCUUGCUCCCUCAAUCUAUGGCAGUGAUGAUCUGAAGAAAGCUAUUGCAUGUCUCUUGUUUGGUGGCUCCAGAAAGAGGUUGCCUGAUGGGCUGACACGCAGAGGUGAUAUUAAUCUACUGAUGCUGGGAGAUCCAGGAACAGCCAAGUCUCAGCUGCUGAAGUUUGUGGAGAGAUGUUCGCCUAUUGGGGUAUAUACCUCAGGUAAGGGCAGCAGUGCUGCUGGUCUCACAGCUUCAGUUCUCAGAGAUCCAAACACGCGUGGCUUUAUCAUGGAGGGAGGGGCCAUGGUGCUGGCUGAUGGAGGUGUGGUCUGCAUUGAUGAGUUUGAUAAGAUGAGAGAGGAUGACAGAGUUGCCAUCCAUGAAGCUAUGGAGCAGCAGACCAUCUCUAUUGCCAAGGCUGGCAUCACAACCACUCUGAACUCUCGCUGUUCUGUGCUGGCUGCUGCCAACUCAGUAUUUGGCCGCUGGGACGACACAAAGGGAGAGGACAACAUUGACUUCAUGCCCACCAUCUUGUCCCGUUUUGAUAUGAUCUUCAUCAUCAAGGACCAGCAUGAUCAGCAGAGAGACAUGACACUGGCUCGCCAUGUGAUGAAUGUGCACCUGAGUGCCCAGACCCAGACUGAGGGAGUAGAGGGGGAGAUUCCUCUGGCCUCUCUGAAGAAAUACAUUGCUUACUGCAGAACGAAAUGCGGCCCUCGACUGUCUGCGGCUGCAGCAGAGAAGUUAAAGAACCGGUAUGUGGUGAUGAGGAGUGGUGCAAGGGAGCAUGAGAGAGAAAGCGACCGCAGAGCCUCUAUCCCAAUCACAGUCAGGCAGUUGGAGGCAGUGGUGCGGAUUGCUGAGUCCCUGGCCAAGAUGAAGCUACAGGCUAUAGCUGGGGAGGAGGAAGUCGACGAGGCCCUUCGACUCUUCCAGGUGUCCACGCUGGAUGCUGCACUAUCUGGCAGCCUCUCAGGUGUGGAGGGUUUCACGACUCAGGAGGAUCAGGAGAUGAUCUCCCGCAUUGAGAAGCAGCUUAAGCGGCGCUUUGCUAUUGGAUCUCAAGUGUCUGAACACAGCAUCAUACAAGACUUCACCAAACAGAAGUACCCCGAGCAUGCUAUCCAUAAGGUCCUUCAUCUAAUGCUGAGGAGAGGAGAGCUGCAGCAUCGCAUGCAGAGGAAGGUGCUCUACAGGGUCAAGUAGAUGGUGAAUGGAUGUUUGUAUGUAUGCAUGUCUGUCAUCAAGUGGACCACUCAGAUAAAUGCUUAAAAAUAGAUGUAAUGCACACAGUCUAUUGUUUUGAGAGGGCCCUUCUCAAAAAGUUUGUAAAUAGGUUAGUGUCUGUUAUGUGCACACUUUUUAAUAUCAAACUGUUAAUCCAGUUACAUUUUUGCCAUAUAUAAAAUCUGGUAUGAUUUUGAUAAAUGAUUGUCUUCAAGCCUGAAUUGAGUGGAUCUUUAUAAAUAUUGUCCUGGGAUGUUUUGUGUGAAACAAAAGAUAAUAAAGCAUAGUGGAACUGCAUUA